AUGGGUCUUCUACUGAGUAAACGUCUGCUCAGAUUUAUCUUAGUGGUAGGUGGGUUCCUGAUCUUACUUAUCACCUUAAGUUCGCAUAGUUCUACCAAAGAAUAUAUGCCACAACCACUAGAUAUGUCUUCUUUUGCUGCUCCUUUAACAGAUUUUGGUAAUAGUAUAUCAAGUUCGAUUCUUGACGCUGCUGGUAUGGAAGCAGAAUCUCAAAGAGUUGCAGCUGAAGGUAAUGCUGAAGUGGAUGGUGAAAUGUCAUUUUCUAAUAAUGAAGUUGCUGAUAAGGAUAUGGAUGAACAAGCUAAAGCUCUAAAGGAUUCUGCCAAUGCUGCUGGUAUCGAAGAUAUAUCUAAAAGUGUUAUGGAUUUCAUUCAACCAAGUUUUGAAAAUCACGGUAUGAGACCUAAAGCUUGUUUAGUUACUUUAGUUCGUAACUCUGAAUUACCUGGUAUGUUAAACUCUAUUCGUAAAGUUCAACAACGUUUCAACAAAGAAUUUCAAUAUGAUUGGGUUUUCUUAAAUGAUGUUGAAUUUUCUCAAGAUUUUAAAGAUGCCGUAUUGAAAGAAAUUCCAACUUCUGUUGUUAAAUUCGGUGUUAUUCCUAAAGAACAUUGGUCUUAUCCAGAAUAUAUCGAUCAAUCUAAGGCUGCUGAUACUAGAGCUAAGAUGUCAGAUAUUAUUUAUGGUGGUUCUGAAUCUUAUAGACAUAUGUGUCGUUAUCAGUCCGGGUUUUUCUGGAGACAUCCUUUAUUAGAUGAUUAUGAUUGGUAUUGGAGAGUUGAACCUGAUAUCAACUUAUACUGUGAUAUUAAAUAUGAUGUUUUCAAAUGGAUGCAAGAUAAUGAAAAAGUUUACGGUUUCACUAUUACUAUUCAUGAAUAUUUAUCAACUAUUCCAACUUUAUGGAAAACUUCAAUGGACUUCUUUAAAGAAAAUCCAGAAUAUGUCGAUAAAGAUAAUUUAAUGGAAUUUUUAAGUGGAGAUGGUGGUGAACAUUAUAAUUUAUGCCAUUUCUGGUCUAAUUUCGAAAUUGCCAAUUUGAAUCUUUGGAGAUCUCCUGCUUAUCGUGAAUAUUUCGAUGCUUUAGACCAUGCAGGUGGUUUCUUUUAUGAAAGAUGGGGUGAUGCUCCUGUUCAUUCUAUUGCUGCCGCUAUCAUGUUACCAAAGGAUAAAAUUCAUUAUUUCUCUAAUAUCGGUUACCAUCAUCCACCUUAUGAUAAUUGUCCAAUUGAUGAUUUGGUCUGGACUGAAAACAAUUGUGAUUGUGUACAGAAAAAUGAUUUUACUUUCAAGGGUUAUGCAUGUGGUAAGGAAUACUAUGCUGCGCAAAAAUUAGAAAAACCAGCUAACUGGGAAGAGUACUCUCAUUAA